CUUUAAUAAAAUGGAGAGUAACUCACUUGGAGAAAGGAGCGUUGACCUGCACCGAAAUAAAGAUUGCAAAGAAGCUAGCACAUCUUUAAAAAUGUAUCAAGAGUAUAUCCACCUUGGAGAGGAGAUUGAUGAGUCAAAGAUUAAUACAAGCUCAUAUAUGAAGCUGAAUACCACUUUAGGAGAAAUAAAAAGUUUUAUCACAAAUAAAAUAAAUACUCAAAAUAGAGUUAUUGAAAAAGAUUUGGAUGAUGCUGAGUAUUCCAAAUGGUUGGAGCAUAGAUCCUUUGCAUCAGGCUUAGUGACACCCAAAGAUUACCAAGAUAUCAAUAAAAACUAUGACCCUUCAUCAAAGAUCCAAGUCAGAUCCAAAGAUGAGUUCUACCAAAGAAUCAAAGAAAUUUUCCAGAACUUUGUGUACUUGGGAACCAAGAGAUAUUCUGCCAGUUGUUACCAAAAAGUUCAUGACUUUCUGAAAGAAGAAGCUAAGGUUGAAGAUGACAAGAAGUUCCAGUGGCUCCUCGUCUUUGCCAAUAGUGUCAAGAACCUAGAGGAUGCUCCCAUUGGUUUGAUUAGUAAAGUAAAGGCGGUUAUUGAGCAAUCUGAACAUAUUCAAUAUCAAGAUAUCCCAGGAUCAGGAUCUUCAAAAAAUCUGAUUGAUUUCAAAAAGCAAAGAGAGGUGUUCAGAAGGCUUAUUGAUUCUUUGAAGUUUGAUAAAGCCCAAACAGAUCCAGAGGUGUAUGAGUGUCUAUGUGCAAUGUCGAAGAACUAUAAUUCUGGAUAUCAUUUACUUCAAGCAUCCAGAACUUUAGUUUCGAGUAAAAUGGAUGAACAUAAGCAGUAUUUGUACCACGAAGAUAUGCUAGGAUAUAAGCUAGAUUUCUUUGAUUCCCUUGAGAAGAUAAUUUCAGACUCAAUUAAAGAAUAUGAAAUGUCAAGCGAGAGCGAUACUUGCUCAGAGAUCAGUUCUAUCACAUUCAACCCAGAUCUGACUUACCCAGCUCCUGCUGAAGAGUCAAAAAGCAAAAAGAAAGAUGGUUCAGCCCGGUCUGAUUCUCCCAGCGCUACCCCAAUAGAAGAGGAGAACAAAAUCAUGGAUAUAGUUUUCUCUGAUUGAAAAGAUGACAAAUCCAUAUCUGAGAAACUGAGAGGUAAACACUAUGCAUUCGGCAGGAACGACACCUACUUCUACUUCUACCUCGAAGGAUUCGGAGUCUACAAGAUCUGUGGAGAUAAGGUAGUGGCACGCUCAAGAUGUAAAGAAUUGAAAACCGGAACACUCUCUUUUGUGUUCUUGAACAGAAGUUCUGAACCUUGUAUCAGAAGAAGCGAUGAUAUUUACACAAAAAAUCUUCCCUUCUUGAGUGUUGAUGAAAAUUUGGAGCUUACCAGAGUUACCAGGAAGUUAAAGAGAGAAUACGCAGACAGGCAGAAAGAAUACAAAGAAAAAGAUAUUCAAUGUUUUGAGUCAACACAUUCAGCUGAUAUUUUUGCUCAGUCUGAUAAGGACAGAGUCAGAUUCAUGAGAGCAACUCCGCUGUUAUGCGAAAAGGAAAUGAUCUACGCUCUCUCUUCGACUGUAGAGAUUGACAAAAAUGAAUUAUCACCUUUGAUUAAUCAAAAUCUAUGGGAGAAUACAGACAAAUGGGUCAAGAAGAUAUGCCAUUGGGAGCUUCAUGGAUAUGAUGUGACUAACUUAAAGCAUCAAUUUAAGCUUGAGCUCAAUGGAACCAUCGAGCAAGAACUCAAAGAUAAGUUCCCUGAUAGAUUAUUAGAAUAUGAGUCAUUAGAAAAAGAAGUUGCUCAGAAUCUUAGACUCGAUACUAUCCAAAGAGCUAUUCUUUCAUUUGGAUCUGAAAAUCUCAUUGUUUGUUUUGAUCAUAAAAUCUACUUCUUUUCACUAGAAACAGGACAUUUGCAACCAGAUACAAGAGAAAUUAGCGAGAAUAUCCUUGGAUAUUCGUAUGAGAAUAACAAUCAUUGGCAUCUUGAAAAAGCAGUCUCUGGAGAAGGUCUCACUAUUAAACCACUAACAAUAAAGAAAGUGGAGUGUAAGAGAAUUGAAUUCGUGCAAAGAUCACUCACUCACUUCAUAAAAAAACAAAUCAUUACUUCCAAAGAGCAACAGAAGUUAUCAGAGGAAAAUAUCCAGGCAAUUUUGGAUAAGGUUACACUGGAUGAGGAUAAACAAGAGCAAGAUACUUUGCUUAACUUAUAGAAAAACUGAAACAGAAGUGCUAAAGGAACGCUUUGUCAACUGCCAUG